AUGACACAUUGGAAAAUUAUUGAAGAAUCGGCAAGGGCGAUAAGAAGAUAUUGUACUCCGAUUGGAACUCUUUGGUUUUUCGUUAAUUUCGUCUUUCGCCAUUUGGUAGCUGUAAAUGGAAUUGCCAAAAAUGUCUAUUCUGAUGGGCUCAAAGAGUUUACGUGUGAUACAAGAAUGCCGGGCUGUGAAAACGUCUGCCAUAAUUUAUUCCUCCCUAUAGUUCUGGACAGAUUUUGGAAUAUAGAAUUCAUAUUUAUCUGCUCGCCAACCAUAUUCUUUGGUGCAUAUGCUGCUUUCACAAACACAAGGCUGACAGCUGCAAUUGGAAAGAAAGGAAAACCUGAAGACAUGGACGACAAAGAAUAUGCGAUCAACCUGAAGAGUCAAUUUGGAGCCAAGCAAAAGAAAAGUUAUUUUGAUGGCAAAGAUUACAAGGAAGACAGUUAUUACUGGACGCGAGAAGAAAGAAUUUGUUACAUUUUCCACCUCAUUAUUCGGCUGAUACUAGAAUUACUGUUUAUCGCAUUCGCAUAUUGGAUUCAGGUGCAACAAACUCAAAAAACAAAUUUUUGGGAUGUUUGGGAAGUUCCCGAGCGAUUCGUCUGCGAGCAUGCAAGUAAAGCCGAUGAUCCUAAACUAUCGCCAUGCUGGGCAGAUGAAACUGUAACGUGUUGGAUCGCUAGACCUCGAGAAAAGUCUCUUGCUGUCAAGUACAUGUUCGGAAUUCAACUCGUCUCUAUCUUCCUAACAGUAGCGGAGCUCUUAUUUGAAGCAACAAAAAGAGUAUCUCGAAUGUGUCAAAGACAUCCCCCUCAGCCAAACUAUGGAUAUCCACCGAAAGAACCGGGUCUUGCAACAGCUCCUCUAACGCCUCUAACAUUGCCAUCAAAACCAGCAAAUCCAAUGAGUGAGGAACUGUAUCUCAUUCCGCCGCCUGAAAAAGACGCCAAGAAUGAGUAA